CGAGUGAUGUUAAUUCCGAUUGCACCAUUGGGUGUUCGUCCCCAUGGUCAGAAUUUCUGUUUCGCCAUCUUACCUGCCUUCUAGCACCGUCUUUUGGUCACUCUAAUCCUGGGUAUGCAGCAACGUCUGCUCGACCCGCCACAUUCUUUCCCUCCCUAUCCGACAUGAGGUCGUGUCUACCAUGUUCUAUAGCAGCUACACCACUCCUUCCAUCUCCUUAUGUCUAUCUUGUUUCCUUGCCUCUUCAAUGUCUCAAUGUCUCGUUUCGUGAAAUCCAAGUUCACAGCUCGAGGUCUGAGAUGACAUUGCUGAAUACCUCGGGUCUCCUGGCACUUGGCCAUGUACCUGGAUUUUCUUUUUCCAUUCUCCUGUAUCAAAUAUUUCCUUACUCCUCAUUCUAUCAUUGUCGUUGUCUUCAUUUGUUGGAUGUCAACUUGAGAAUCGCCACCGAUCCUCUCUGAGCAUCGGGUAUGUUGCAUCCAGCCUCAUUCACUAACUGACCAUAUUUCCUUUCUUGU